AAGGUUUAAGAGACGGCACCGUAUUGCUGUCCGAGCACUUCGUCUUGAACCUCCAUUUUUGCCUUCUCAAAACCCUAACCUAGAAACAUCAACAAUGGGGAAACUUACCAAGGCAGAGAAGAAGGUCGCUUACGAUUCCAAGCUGUGCCAACUCCUUGAUGACUACACUCAGAUCCUCGUCGUCAAUGCUGACAAUGUCGGAUCCAACCAACUCCAGAACAUCCGCAAGGGUCUCCGUGGUGAUUCAAUCGUCCUCAUGGGGAAGAACACUAUGAUGAAGCGCUCUGUUCGCAUGCACGCAGAGAAAACCGGCAAUGAUGUCUAUCUCAGUCUUAUCCCCCUCCUUGUCGGCAAUGUUGGAUUGAUUUUCACUAAGGGUGACUUGAAAGAGGUUAGCGAGGAGGUUGCUAAGUACAAGGUGGGAGCACCAGCUCGUGUUGGUUUGGUUGCUCCAAUUGACGUUGUUGUUCCUCCAGGAAACACAGGACUUGAUCCCUCUCAGACCUCUUUCUUCCAGGUGCUUAAUAUUCCCACCAAAAUUAACAAGGGAACGGUAGAAAUUAUAACCCCGGUCGAACUCAUUAAGAAGGGAGACAAAGUGGGCUCUUCUGAAGCCGCUUUGCUGGCCAAGCUUGGCAUAAGGCCCUUCUCAUAUGGCCUUGUUGUUCUGUCAGUGUAUGAUAAUGGGUCAGUUUUUAGCCCAGAGGUUCUUGAUCUUACCGAGGAUGACCUCGUUGAGAAGUUUGCUGUUGGUGUCUCAAUGGUUACUUCUCUUUCAUUGGCCGUCUCGUACCCAACACUUGCAGCUGCACCGCAUAUGUUUGUGAACGCCUACAAGAAUGUCCUUGCUCUCGCAGUUGAGACAGAUUACUCUUUCCCUGAGGCAGACAAGGUUAAAGAGUACCUCAAGGAUCCAAGCAAAUUUGCUGUGGCUGCUGUUGCUGCUCCUGCUGCCGAUUCUGGUGCUGGCCCAGCUGCUGCUGCCAAGGAAGAGGAGAAGAAGGAAGAGCCAGCGGAAGAGUCUGAUGAUGACAUGGGUUUCAGUCUUUUUGACUAGCUUAAGUAAUACUUUUUGAGAUUGCUGUAGACAUGUUUUAAUUUUGCAGUUUUAGGUUUGAUGAAGUUUGUUUUUAUUCAGUUUAGAUGUUAUUUUACUUGGCAUGGAAACUAGUUUUAUAGUUUUCAAAGGGGUUAUUUUCUUUCAAAUGGAUUGUGAUUAGUUUUUAAAAUUUUACAUCUCCUUGUUAUAAUUCUCUUAUUGUCCUGAGCCUGUUUAGUUUUCCAAAAAAAAUUUGUGAUGUCUCGUAGUUGUACAACUUCUUCCAGGAUGCUCGAACUGCUUUGACUGUAAAAACAAUAUUUAAUAAAACUUGUUUCC